AGACAGCCUCUGAGGCUGAAACUCAUAAGCAUGAAGAAAUAGAAGAGGAGGACGAGGAAGAGAAGGAUCCAGAGAAGUCUCUUGUUGCGUUAGAGGAAGGGAAGAGAGGCAGCAGCAGAAGCUUUAGAGCUUUUCCUGUAUUCAAGGAGCCAGAGAGUGAUGAAGAUGAGGAAAGCAGGAGAGAGAGAGGGAAAGGGAAUGUUGAGAAAUGGCUUCAUAUCUUACUGGAGAAAAACAGCAGCAAAGAAGAUCUUGAAACCGAAAGAAGCAAGAGCAUUGAUGAGAUGAUUGAGAAACUUGACCACAAGUUCCCUCUACUUGAAAAGGUCAAUGAAGAUGAAGAAGCGGAAACGCAGUUGCAGGCUGAGGAGACAAACAACAACAACAACAACAACAAAAGCAAGGAGGUGGAAACAAGAAGUGAAAGCUCUCGUAGAAGCAGAAAGAGUUUUGAUUUGAAGAACACACCAGAGAAGAGUGGCAGAGAGAAAGUGGUGAAGAGAUCAGAGAGCGCCAGAGCCUUCAGAAGGAUUCCAUCUUCUCCAUCAAUCCUCUUUGGAAUGAAAAAGGGAAUUGACUGCAUCAGGAAGAAGCCUGUGGUUUCAGGUCAGGACGAUGAGAACGAUUAUCUCGUCAAGAACAACUUCAUCAAAUCAUCUCUCCAAUCAAUCAAACGAGCUGUCAAAUUUUAA